AUGUGCCCCCCAACUUCAUACGCUCUGAGAAAAUUAGUGUUUUUCUCUGAGAGAGACCAAGAAAAUUUUGAGUUUGAAGAGUGUGAUAAGAGAGACAGAGAGAUAGUGGCGUCUGAUUGUUUUGAAGCUGAGAGGGGAAGCAAUCGUCUCUGUGAUUUCUUUUCAUCUCUUUUAACGAGUAUCGGAGGAGGAGCGUUAGACCAGAUCAAAGAAAAGGAAGAAUCUUCUUCAAUGGCAUCAAGAGUUUCUAUUCCCAGGGGAAUCACAGGCGAAGUUAAACCAAAGAAUGUCGUAAGACAAAACCGAAAGGCUCUUGGAGACAUUGGGAAUCUCGUCAACAUUGCAACUGAAAAGGAUAUUGCGAGGAAGGCCAAACCGUCAAAGGCAGAGGAGGUUGUUAUCAUCACCCCUCACGAAAAUGAGAAAUCUUGCAAACCACAUGUUACCCAAAGAGGUUCCUCCAAGACUUUCACAGCGACCCUAAGAGCUCAAAGCAAGGCUGCAAAUGGACUCAAAGAUGCUGUGAUUGACGAAAUUGAUGCUCUUGAUGCUGGUAACAAACUUGCUGCUGUGGAAUACGUUGAUGACAUUUUCAAGUUUUACAAGAGCAUUGAAGAGGAAGGAAGGAUCAUACACUAUAUGGGAUCACAACCUGAAUUAAACAUCAAGAUGAGAUCCAUCCUCAUUGAUUGUCUUGUCGACGUUCACAGAAAGUUUGAGCUGAUGCCGAGACACUUUACAAGAGAGCUUCAGCUUUUGGGGAUAAGCGCUAUGCUUAUAGCUUGCAAGUACGAAGAGAUCUGGGCUCCUGAGGUUAAUGAUUUUGUCAGCAUUUCGGACAACGCUUACUGCAGGGAGCAGGUCUUGGCUAUGGAGAAAUCAAUCUUAAGACAACUCGAAUGGUGCAUCACUGUUCCAACGCCUUAUGUGUUUCUUGCGCGUUACAUUAAAGCCUCGGUUCCAUGUGAUGGUGAGAUAGAGAAACUGGUGUUGUAUCUUGCUGAGCUUGGUCUGAUGCAAUGUCCGCUAGCUUUCGUGAAUCGUCCAUCGAUCCUGGCUGCGUCAGCCGUUUAUGAUGCAUGUCAAUUACUUGAAAAGACUCCAUCUUGGACUGAGACUUUGAAACAUCACACUGGCUAUUCGGAAGAUGAGAUCAUGGAGAAGGUGAAAAUGCUAAGGAAUAUAAGGGACUCCGCUCUAGAAAGAAGCUUCGACGACGACGGAAAAGCGUCUUCAAACUGUUAUGUGAAGAGGAACUUUGCUACUCGUGCGUCACAUGAUAAGCAAGCAAGGAAUGAUGACGUGGAAAUUGGCGGUUAA